AUGCUUCCUCCACCAGCUACGCCAGAGGCCGUGGCCAAGCGCAAUGCGUCGAUCCGGGACGCUGUCGCCCGCGUCGGCACAGCGGCCGAGGCGUACGCCGACGCCUCGACCAAGGCACUGGCCAGCAGUGUCUCAGCUGCAGACACCAGCUCGUCCCAGGCGGAGCUAGUGGGCGAGAUCAAGAAGCUCCUUGCGGAGGUCCAGGGGCCGUUCGGCGCGAUGUUCGACCUCUUCGGCGCCCUCUCCAAGGUCGCAGCCAUCCGCUGCCUUCUUGAGAUGGGGGUGUUCACCACCAUCCCCGCCAGUGGCACACCCGCCACGGCGGAUGAGAUCCUGUCCAAACUCGAGGUCGACGUCGAGAAGGCUCUUCUCGUGCGCCUGCUCCGCGUUGCCAGCACGGACGGCCCCCUGGUUGAGGUAGGCGAGGAGACGUACGCGCAGACGCCCUCCUCGAGUAUAUUUGCACACCCAGACCUGAUGGCUACGUUCAAGCACAUCAUUGAUGAGGGUGCGCCUUCCAUCAUGCUGAUGCCGCAGUUCUUUAUUGAGAAUGGGUGGAAGCAGCCCACAGAUCCUACGAAUUGUCCUUACACUUUUGCUCACAGGACUGGCGGCGAUGAGAUGUGGACCCACAUUGCGAAGUUUCCUGAGAGACAAAAGAACUCUAAUCGCGCCAUGAAGGCUCAAUCGUUCGACGGAUUGUGGUCCGUUGGGUUGUUCCCUUUCGCUGAGAAGAUUAAGGAGCUGGGGAAAGAAACGGACGCGUCGACACCCUUGGUCGUUGACAUCGGUGGUGGUGCAGGCCACACGAGCUCUCAGAUCCGCGAGCUAUGCAAGGAAAUUGAGGGAACAAUUGUUUUACAGGAUUUGCAAGACGUCGUAGUAGAUGCCAGGCCGACGGACGGCGUUGUAACUAUGGCUCAUGACUUCUUCAAGGAGCAGCCUGUCAAAGGCGCGCCGAUUUAUUUCCUCCGGCGUAUUUUGCACGACUGGUCGGACCCUAGCAGCGUCAAAAUUCUGAAGCACAUCGCGGACGCCAUGGACCGCAAACUGCCUAGCCGCUUGGUUAUUGCAGAGCAGAUUUUGCCAACCCGGCAUGUUACCAGCGAGAGCGCGCUGGUUGACCUGCUGAUGAUGACCUUUACUGGCAUGGAGCGAACGGCAAAGCAGUGGGAGGAGCUGUUGGCUCAGGCGGCGUUGCUGUGCUGGACAUCACCGGCAUCCGGAGGACUACUGCAUGAAUGGUUCGUCAAGCUGUCUAUGCGGGUGCGGUAG